ACUGAAACUAAAUACCAUUCCGGUCUCGAUCGUCUCAUCCAUAAACACUGGCUUAGGAACUAAAUUACAGAAAGGACAAUUGGUACGCGCACACAACCGACAGCGAAAUGUUUCGCGUCCAUUGAAAAAAACUGCCGAGGAAGAAUUCGUGGAUAACAAUUUUGAAACGUUCAAACGAGACAUUGUAAGCCGAUGCGACAGACUCGAUUCUGGAAACGGAACGCGUCCGAUGUCUGUAGCCAUUUCCGUUCGAGAGACUGUCGAGAUCUGUUCUAACGGGGAGUCGGAAAACAUAAUUGACUUCAACAAAGAACAGUGGAAGAGUAUGACCGAUCAGGAAAAAAACAAGUGGAUUAAAAGAUAUUUGUAUAAAAUCAAACGCGAAAUACUCGUCGUGUACAGAAUGAUAUUGGAUUAUCGCGGUGGAGAUGUGUUGGAAGACGAGUUGUCCGAGUUGUCGUCGAUAUCUUCGAUGAUCGACAUUAAACCCACUGAAAAUUUAAAAUCCACGACCGUUCAAAACGAUUACUUGACCGCGAUGGUGCAGCUCAAGGAGCUCCAAGAACGGCAUAAAGAAAUGUUAAUCGCGUUGGAAGACAUGAAAAAUGAUAACGCAGCGAUGUCGGCACGGAUAAACGUUGAGAAAACUGACCAAGAAAUACAGACGGAAGGAGUUCGCGUGGAAAAAAUCGAAAGAGACUUAGAUAACGCGCGAGGGGAAAUAAGUUCGAUGUGUUCAAAAUUGGAGCUUACCGACGACUUAGUUGAGAGUCUACGACGGGAAUUGAAAGAAAAAAUUAGAGAACUGGAAGAGACUAAAUCGGCUGUGACGAAUUUAUGCAGUCAAAUUGAAUAUUUAAAGCAAACCAUCGACGAAGCAAACUUGAACGUUAGCAAUCGACAGAAAAGAAUCGAAGAUCUGUGCGAAGAGAAGAACAAACUCAAAGCUGAAUUCACCGAGGCUAACAAAGAGCGAAACGAAGCUACAGAGGAGUUGAUUGUGUUGAAAGACAACUCCGUAAAGAUGAUGAAAGAACUGAAAGACUUGCGGACGAAGGCCAACGAAAAGAGAUCAGAAUAUGUUGUCGAUUCGAUGAGACUAAGUAGUCAAAUCGAUGAAAUUAACGAAAAAAAGGAGGCCAUUAUAUCAAAACACGAAAAUCUCAUCAACAAUCUGACAAUCGACAGCAUAGAACAAAACCAAAAAAUCAUAAGCUUAGAGGCUAAAAAAAUUGCGUUGGAAGAGGAAUUGAAGUCAUGGGAAAACCGAGCGGGUUGUUGGAUAAACACUUUUGUCCGUGAUGAAUUCGAAUCCAAAAUCAACGAACAAAAAAAGGAAAUUGAAAAUUUAACGUUGCUUACAAACAGGCUAAGAAGCGCUUACAAAAUUUCGGUGUCAGAAAUAAACGGGUUGGAAGACAAUCACAAGAAAAUUAUUCAAAUGAAACAACAAUUAAUCGAUAAACAAAAUCGCGUCAUCGCUUUAGUGAAAGGACUUAGUCCUUAUCAAUCCAAAGAGUUCGUCCAACACAAAGUACAGGACACGUUAAACGAGAUUUUUGUUAAGUAUGAAGAAGACAAAGCUUUAACGGAGAAACUCGAAGUAACUUUUACAGAAAUAUUAUUUCUUAUA